CUGUGUUUGUGCUCCUCCUCUCUCUCUCUCUCUCUCUCUCUCUCUCUCUCAGUCUCUCUCUUUCUCAGUCUGUGAGUUCAGGAAAAUGGCUGAAGCCAGUAUUUCAGUAGCUCAGGACCAGUUCAUGUGUCCAGUGUGUCUGAAACUCCUGAAGGAUCCGGUGGCUAUCCCCUGUGGUCACAGUUUCUGUAAGGUGUGUAUUAAUGGCUGCUGGGAUCAGGAGGAUCAGAAGGGCGUCUACAGCUGUCCUCAGUGCAGAGACACUUUCAUGACAAGGCCUGUUCUAUGCAGAAACAACAUGCUGGCUGAAGUAUUGGAGAAACUGAAGAAGACUGAAGUCCAAGCUGCUUCUCCUGCUCACUGUUACGCUGGACCUGGAGAUGUGGAGUGUGAUUUCUGCACCGGGAGAAAACACAAAGCCGUCAAGUCCUGUCUGAUGUGUGUGGCUUCAUUUUGUGAAAUUCAUCUGAAACCUCAUCUUGAAGUUCCUGCUUUGAAAAAACACACAUUAAUUGAAGCCUCAGCAAAACUCCAAGAGAAGAUCUGCUCUGAACAUGACAAGCUGAUGGAGAUCUACUGUCGUACUGAUCAAAUAUGUAUUUGCUCUUUGUGCAUGUUGGAGAAACAUAAAGACCAUGACGCUGUUUCAGUUGCAACAGAAAGAGCUGAGAAACAGAGUGAGUUAAAGGAGGAGCAGAUGAAAUCCCAGCAGAGACUCCAGGAGAAGCAGAAGAAGGUGCAGGAGCUGAAACAGGCUGUGAACACUAUAAAGCUCAGUGCACAGACAGCAGUGGAGGACAGUGAGAGGAUCUUUACUGAGCUGAUCAGCUCCAUGGAGAAAAAGCGCUGGGAGGUGACGGAGCUGAUCAGAGAUCAGGAGAAGGCUGAACUGAGUCGAGCUGAACGACUCCUGGAGCAACUGGAGCAGGAGAUUGCUGAUCUUCAGAGGAGAGUCACUGAGCUGGAGCAGCUUUCACACACACACGAUCACAUCCAUUUCCUCCAGGUUUUAGCUUCUGGACAUUGGUCUCCUCAAUUCAGCAGAACAUCAUUUCACACAUCCAGCGUCACUGUCCAUCAACAUCUCUCAUUUGAUGGAGUGAGGAUUUCUCUCUCAGAUCUGAAAAAGAGACUCGAGGAAUUCUGUGAGGAGGAAUUCAACAAAAUCCCUCCACAUGCUGCAGUAGUUCAGAUCAUUUCAGAGCCAGAACCACAGAGCAGAGAAGAGUUUCUGAAAUAUUUCUGUGAUCUGACUCUGGAUCCCAACACGGUACAUCGUCACCUCAUUCUGUCUGAGAAGAACAGAGCGGUGAGAGACAGUGAGAGAGAGCAGCGUUACUCUGAUCAUCCAGAGAGAUUUGAUUCCUACAGGCAGGUGCUGUGUAAGGAGAGUGUGUGUGGACGCUGUUACUGGGAGGUGGAGUGGAGCGGUGCUGGUGUGUUCAUAUCAGUCUCAGAUAAAGACAUCAGAAGGAAAGAACAGGGUUAUGAGUGUUGGUUUGGACGUAACAAUCAGUCCUGGAGUCUGUGGUGUUCUUCUUCUUCUCUCUCUUUCUGGCACAACAACAUUAAGACUGAUCUCAUAGUUCCAUCACCCUCCAGAAUAGGAGUGUAUGUGGAUCACAGUGCAGGAACUCUGUCCUUCUACAGCGUCUCUGACACGAUGAAGCUCCUCCACAGAGUCCACACCACAUUCACUCAGCCUCUAUAUGCUGGGUUUGGGCUCUACUUGUUUUAUGGUUCUACUGUGAGAUUGUGUGAUCCAGAAUAAAAAAGUGUGUAGUGUUUUCUGUAAAAUUCCUGCACGUUGCCACGUUGUUGCUUAGUCGUCUGGUUCACUAGAACACAAUCCAGCUGCACAAAAAACACUCAUUUUAAUAUUAAAAUGAAAACAGAUGAAUAAUUUAACAGAAUUAAAAAGGAAACGUUAAAAAUUAACUGACAAGAAACUUGUCAAACAUGACCUUCGCAUUAUAAAGUUGUGUUUGUUUCAUAUUAAGCAGCAUCUCAUUAAAUAACUAAUAAACAGUAAUAAAGCCAGAACAGAACAACAUUUUAAACCUGUUCAGGUCACACUAUAUAAAAAUAAAACAUCACUUUUGGAAUGAAUUUGAUUUUUCUGCUUGUGUUCUAAGAUGUAAAAUCCACAUUCACUUUUUAAAAUCUGAAGUUGUUUCUAAACCCUGAGAUUUGAUUGUAAAACACUGAACAAUAUUUAAACUCCAUUAGAACAUACAGUACAUGAUCGGUUCAGGCUGCCGAUGUCGUGUUCAUCCCAUAUUCAGCCUGGAUGAUGAUUGGCCCGCAGAUAGAACCUUAUAAAUCCAGGUUUAUCUGUGAGUUUGGGAUUUUUAUUCAAAUAUUACAAUCAAAGCUUUGCAGACUAAAAGAUAAGAGCACAGGGGAAUAAAGUUUCCCCCAGUGAUGGAGUUUCUGUGCUGAACUCAUUUUCAGACAGAAGCAUUUAAUACUGAGGUCAGGAUGUCAGCAAGCUGCUGUGUUGAUACGCAACGGGGGUUUUCUCCACUUUGGAUGGAUAUUUUUAGAUUAUUUAAUCUGUGGGAAAUAACGACAGUGUCUUGAAUAUGUGUUUGUGAAAAUCACUGUAAACCUACAACUGACUUUUUCCUCCAAAAAACAUCUCUUAUAAUGUUGUCAUAUAUUUUCUGUGUGAGUAAUGAUGAUAAAUCUGUCUCUGUGAACUGGAUCUGUCUGUGGUCUGACUCCUGAUUUAGAUUCUAAACAUGAUUGUUGGAAAAACUUCUUUUUUAAAAAUCCUUUUCAUUUACAAUCAAAUAAAGCAAAAAAAAAAAAAAUCUGUUUCAGUUCUCUGUUCUGAUUGGUCAGAAGGUGUUAAUUAAUUUUCUAUAACAGCAGCUCUGACAGUAGUGCAGGUUUAUAUUAAUGGGCUUGCUCUAAUAUGUUCUUGUUUCUAUAGUAACAGCUCAUUGAAGUGAAAUUAUUUUAGACUUGUGUGUUAUAUUAAUGAGCGUCUCAUUAAAUAACUAAUAAACAGUAAUAAAGCCAGAACAGAACAGCAUUUUAAACCUGUUCAGGCCACACUAUAUAAAAAUAAAAUAUCACUUUUGGAAUGAAUUUGAUUUUUCUGCUUGUGUUCGAAGAUGUAAAAUCCACAUUCACUUUUUAAAAUCUGAAGUUGUUUCUAAACCCUGAGAUUUGAUUGUAAAACAUUGAACAAUAUUUAAACUCCAUUAGAACAUACAGUACAUGAUUCGUUCAGGCUGGUGAUGUCGUGUUCAUCCCAUAUUCAGCCUGGAUGAUGAUUGGCCCACAGAUAGAACCUUAUAAAUCCAGGUUUAUCUGUGAGUUUGGGAUUUUUAUUCAAAUAAUUAUUACAAUCAAAGAUUUGCAGACUAAAAGAUAAGAGCACAGGAGAAUAAAGUUUCCCCCAGUGAUGAAGUUUCUGUGCUGAACUCAUUUUCAGACAGAAGCUUUUAAUACUGAGGUCAGGAUGUCAGCAAGCUGCUGUAUUGAUACGCAACGGGGUUUUUCUCCACUUUGAAUGGAUAUUUUUAGAUUAUUUAAUCUGUGGAAAAAUAAAGACAAUGUCUUAAAUAUGUGUUUGUGAAAAUCACUGUAAACCUCCAACUGACUUUUUCCUCCAAAAAACAUCUCUUUUAAUGUUGUCAUAUAUUGUCUGUGUGAGUAA